GAAUGAAAGAUUGUUUGUGACAAUUAGUUUGACACAAGUUUUGUGGCAUUUUUGUGUGAUUUGUGCGCGAACUUCGCGAGAAUACUAUCGCGAGAGAAGUGCGAGUAGGAUCUGGAUAUCAUAAAUCGUAUUUCUUCUGAUUUCAUGAAGAAUACUUUCGUCUAACGCACGUGAAAAUGUCAGACCAAUUUGGGCCGAUAACCCUGAAAUGGGAUCCCAAAAAUCUGGAGAUUCGCACAAUGUCUGUGGAAAAGACUUUGGAACCUUUGGUUCUGCAAGUGACCACUUUGGUGAAUACAAAAGGUCCUAGUAAAAAGAAGAAAGGAAAAUCGAAAAGAGCUAGUGCUCUGGUGGGAACAGUUGAGAAAGCCACUGCAAAUUUUAUCGAAAAAGGAGAACAGAUUGCUUAUGAAAAUCCAGACAUUACAGCCGAAAUGUUGAGUGCAGUCGAGGAAGUCAGAAAGUCCGGUGGUUUGAUGAGUAUUGCUGCCCGAGAAUUUUCAGACGACCCAUGCUCGUCCCUGAAACGUGGAAACAUGGUUCGAGCCGCAAGGAAUUUGCUGUCCUCAGUAACACGUUUGUUAAUCCUAGCCGACAUGGUCGAUGUCCAUUUGCUUCUGAAGUCGCUCCACGUAGUCGAAGAAGACUUGAAGAAGCUACAAAACGCAUCAUCUCAGGGAGAACUGCUCGAAAAUAUUAAACAGUUUGGUAGGAAUGCAACGGAACUGAUGAACCAGGCUGCAAAGCGACAACAGGAAUUGAAAGAUCCUCAGCUUCGAGAUGAUCUAGCAGCCGCUAGGGCUGUUCUUAAAAAGCAUUCCACAAUGCUUCUCACAGCUUCCAAAGUCUACGUUCGACAUCCAGAACUCGCAGCUGCUAAAGCAAAUCGAGACUACGUUAUGAAACAAGUUUGUGAGGCCGUGAACACGAUCAAUGAUGUAGCUCAAGGCAAAACCAGCAACGGUCAGCAUCCUUACGAUGGACCUGGGGAAUUGGCAGCUGCUUUGGACGAGUUUGACGAGAGGAUGGUCAUGUCUCCUCUCUCGUAUAACGAAGUUCGGACUCGUCCAAGUCUUGAAGAAAGAUUGGAAAGUAUUAUCAGUGGAGCUGCUCUCAUGGCAGACUCCUCUUGUACCCGGGACGAGCGCAGGGAACGCAUUGUUGCUGAAUGCAAUGCCGUGAGACAGGCUCUUCAGGAUCUAUUGAGCGAAUAUAUGAACAAUUUGCUGCUCGCUCGGGGUAGUAAAAGGAUGGGAGUGAAGGAACAAUCUGAAGGCUUGGAGCGUGCAAUAGAUCAAAUGUGCAGGAAAACUCGCGAUCUCAGAAGACAAUUGCGCAAAGCUGUUGUCGAUCACGUUUCGGACAGUUUUCUCGAAACUAGCGUGCCAUUGCUCGUUUUGAUAGAAGCCGCUCGCAACGGUCGGGAUAAGGAAGUCGAGGAAUAUGCACUGGUUUUCACCGAGCAUGCCAAUAAAUUAGUUGAGGUCGCAAAUCUAGUUUGCAGUAUGUCUGGCAAUGAGGACGGUGUGAAAAUGGUUCGCUACGCGGCAGCUCAAAUUGAAAACCUCUGCCCUCAAGUAAUAAACGCCGCUCGUGUCCUGGCCGCUCGGCCCCGUUCCAAAGUCGCCCUCGACAACAUGGAAGUCUUCCGUCAAGCUUGGGAGAACCAAGUCCGCGUUCUAACAGAAGCCGUCGACGAUAUCACCACCAUCGACGAUUUCCUCGCCGUCUCCGAGAAUCACAUUCUCGAAGAUGUCAACAAGUGCGUCUUGGCUCUCCAGGAAGGCGACGCAGACACCUUGGACAGAACGGCGGGAGCGAUUCGUGGACGCUCAGCACGAGUUUGCAACGUCGUUCAAGCAGAAAUGGACAACUAUGAACCCUGCAUUUACACAAAGAGAGUUCUCGAGGCGGUCAAGGUUUUGAGGGAACAAGUCAUGCCAAAGUUUGCACAAAGAGUUGAGAUUGCCGUCGAUGCCUUGGGCAGCAAUCCAUCAAAGGACGUGGAUGAAAACGAUUUUAUUGAUGCUUCUCGACUGGUUUACGACGGAGUUCGAGAGAUUAGACGAGCCGUUUUGAUGAAUCGGGCUGACGAAGAUUUGGAUCCAGAGGAUGUGGAAUUGGACGAACACUACACUCUCGAAACUCGAAGCAAAUCUAGUGCCCAGACUGGAGAACAUGGUGUGGACGAAUAUCCAGAAAUCAGUGGCAUCACGACUGCUCGUGAAGCCAUGCGUAAGAUGCCUGAGGAAGACAAACAAAAGAUUUUGCAGCAAGUCGAGUUCUUCAGAAGUGAGAAAUUGAAAUUCGACAAAGAAGUUGCCAAGUGGGACGACGCAGGAAACGAUAUAAUCGUUCUCGCAAAGCACAUGUGCAUGAUCAUGAUGGAGAUGACGGAUUUCACGCGUGGUCGUGGACCAUUGAAGACGACAAUGGAUGUCAUAAAUGCGGCCAAAAAGAUUUCCGAGGCUGGUACAAAAUUGGACAAAUUGACGAGACAGAUUGCUGAUCAGUGUCCUGAGAGUUCCACGAAGAAGGAUCUUCUCGCCUAUUUGCAACGUAUCGCCCUCUACUGUCACCAGAUGAACAUCACGAGCAAAGUAAAGGCUGACGUGCAAAAUAUCAGUGGAGAAUUGAUCGUCUCGGGAUUAGAUAGCGCCACGUCUUUGAUUCAAGCUGCUAAGAAUUUGAUGAACGCUGUUGUCCUCACUGUCAAGUCGUCUUAUGUAGCCUCAACAAAGUACCCACGACAAUCUACUGUUACGAAUUCUGUCGCAUUGCAGUCGCCAAUUGUCGUUUGGAAAAUGAAGGCACCCGAGAAGAAACCAUUGGUGCGACCUGAGCGACCGGAGGAAGUGAGAGCGAAAGUUCGUAAAGGUUCGCAAAAGAAGGUGCAGAAUCCAAUCCACGCACUCUCUGAAUUCCAGAGCCCGACAGAAAGCGUUUAAAAAUCGACCAGUGAACGACUCGCUGAAAGUUUGUGGCAUCAACAAUCGGAAUGAACGGUAAUGAAUCAUUCUAGGUUGUAUAAUAAAUACCUAAGACAUGCGUCUUUAUUAUUUAAAGGCGUUUUCCAAAUGUCACUAAGAGAAUAAGAUAAACUGAUGCGUAAAAUUGAACACAGGUGUUCAGAGGAAAAUGAGAGAACGACUUAGUUUAAUCUACCGUGCCGAUUUCGUAGCAUUCCUCUAUUUUAGUUCAAAGGGACGUUUUAAUGCCAAAACAUUUUAAAAGCUACCUUAUCUUUACUAUUGAUAAAUCAGAGAAAAGCGUUCUUGCUCUUCCAGCAUAUUUUUCUUGCGAGCAGUACUAAUGAAUGCGAAACUUCACAAUCAAUGCGAAUUUUCAUUUGAAAAGUUUUUAUGUGUCACGCAAGCUCGUUUUUUAUUUCUUCACGAAUUUUAAAGUCUCGUGAGCCGUGAAGACUCACCAUUUGUACAGAAUCGUAUUUAAAUGUUUUUGAGCUAAAUGUUUAUGAACGUGAAUGUUUGUGAAUAUUCUAAGGAAAGAUUUUCUUUGAGACGUCUGAUGAUAAAGACGAUCUUGUAAGGCAAAUAAAUGUUCGAUGCCCCAAUGUCUAAUCAUUCGAACUUUUCUAUAUAAAUCAGGAAUCAAAUAUUGAAGAACUGAGUAUCUCUGACGUUGGUUUAGAUUACUGUUAUGUACUUAUUUCGAAUUUAAUCAUUGAUAUGAGGUGUCUGCAAUCCUAGGGAGAUCCGAAAUUUAAAAACUUUCGAAACAAAUUUACACGCCUUGAAUUUAGAAAUAUUGAGGCAUUUUAAAAAACCUGCAAAUCUUUUGGAUCCCUACAAAAACAAAAUAAGACGUACGUUUUGAGUGUACAACUUUUUGUACUUUCUUUCUACUGAGAAUAUUUGAACUUUAUUAGAAAAUUAUAAUCAUGCUCAAGGGUUUUCAGUACCGCAGCGAAUUUACGACACUUUUCUAAGUGACUUUUUAUUAUGAGACUUUAAACAACGGAAGCAAUAUUUCAGUAAGUUUAGGUUAGAGAUAAAUCUGUUCAUAAUUGAGCAAAUUUUCAGAAAUUUUGACUAGAUCAUAUCUACUGGAUAAAAUCAUACUGUCGCUUCAUAAAUGAGUUUUUCAAUUACAAAUGUAAGGACACGUAAUAUUUUGUUCAGUCGCCGACAAACAAAAAACACACUUGUUCAUUGGGCAGUAUUACAUUUUGUACAAGACUACUGAUCGAGUAUUUAAUGCAAUUGUAUAUAAUUGAAUAUAAUUUUAUAUUUAUGGCUGAAGAUUAUUUACAGAAUCUUAUUCGAGGCAAUUUUUCGCAUUCUCGAUGCCGAUGAGAGAAAGAACUUUGUGCCGCUAAUAACAUUGUACGCACAAGAUAAAUUUACGAGUAAAUUGGUUUUAAUGUUGUGCUCUGACUGAAAAAAGUUCGUACAAUGUUAAUCAGCUUCUGUAAAACUUUACACGGAAAGUAUGUCCAUUAGACUCUUUUGAGUUGGAUUCAUUUAGUGGAAAAUGGUCAGACUUGAAUUGAAAGUUUUAAAAUUUGCUAAAAAUAUGGGAAAAUGAUUUUUAAAGAAUAAGUAACGUAAUACCUAAUUAGAAUUUCGGUUUGACAAAUUUCCAUGAAAUGAAUCAACAUUUUACCAAACGCCGAUGUUCUUUGCUUUUGAUUAUUACAUAACUCACAUAUCACAAUUUUCUUUUUUUCAUCAAGCAUGACCAAGCAUUGUAGCUCAUGUCACAAUCAAGGUUUUUGUAGAAGUUUUGAAAAUAUGUUUUAAAUAUAGUGAUGAACUCUAUACAUAUAUAUAAUAACUGUAUUAAUAAGUAAAAUAAAAUUCAAGUGCUCACGAGAAAAUGACUGCGUACAAAGCUCGAUAUUAUACGUAUGUAAAAUUUUCUAAUUAAAAAAAUGAGGGAAUUAUAAAUAAUAUAACUAGCUUGAAAGCCUUUUUUUAAGUUCUUCAAUAUUGAUUAAAUUUGACCGAAAAUGCAUGUGAAUUACCGGCUUGGUUUUAUAUUUUUUGAAGUAUUUUUCUUUUUUUUAUAUUCACAAGUUCCUAUUUCUGUUAAUAUGAAAUAUAUUUUUUAGUAUUAUUCAGUUUUUGACAUUUAUAACUGGCAACUACGUAUAGGAUGUAAAAAUUAAGUUAUUGAUAUCUCAUCGUGUUGAAGCAAUGUAUUUACUGUACUUUUAAUACUAAUCAUUGGUUUGUUAAAAGUUUGCACAAUUUUUGCGGCAAAUCAAUAUACAAUAUGCAAUCUACAAUCGUUGCUUUGGAAUGCAUUAUUCGCGAGUUAAAGCAGUAAUUUUUUAUGUUGAAUUUAAAUUAUUUGUUGAAAUUUGCUUGAUUCUUAGAAAUCGAGUGUAGACGAAUUUGAACGAUGGUGCGAAUACACCUAUCGCGAAAUGCAUUGUAAGUGAUGUAACUUUGCAGUUAAUAUAAAUAAAGUCAACUGUAUACUACAUUGUACGUGUACUCAUAUGGGAUAAUAAAGUUUACAUAACAUACAGUUUCUAUGAAAAA